AUGUCGGUCGAGCAGGGUGAACUGCGCAAAGACAAGGAGAGCGAAAGUUUCGGUGUGCAAGCUGAGACUCGGGACAUAUUCACUGAGGAUUCGUUGGACCCUGUAUAUCAGGCCAAAGCCAGGAUUCUUAAUGAUGCGUUGCAGGAGAUUGGAAUGGGAAAGUAUCAGUGGUACUUGUUCGUGGUAGCUGGGUUUGGCUGGCUGUCCGAUAAUCUUUGGCCGAUUGUCACUGGUUUGAUAUUGACGCCAGUAGUGAACGAGUUUAACGUACUAGGUCCAUGGCUAAAACUCGCUCAAAACAUUGGCUUGUUAGUGGGAGCUGCGUUUUGGAGCCUUUCUUCAGAUGUUUGGGGUCGGAGGUGGGCCUUCAACAUCACUCUGGGCAUGACUGGUCUGUUCGCCAUUGCGGCUGGAGGAUCGAUGAACUAUGUUGCGCUCUGUUCCCUGACCGCGGUGUGGUCAGUAGGCGUGGGUGGCAAUUUGCCUGUCGACUCUGCUGUCUUCUUAGAAUUCGUCCCCGCUUCUCACCAAUAUUUAUUGACGGUACUCUCCGUUUGGUGGGCCUUUGGGCAACUGUUGGGUAGUCUGGUUGCAUGGCCCCUUAUUUCCGAUUACUCUUGUCCCACCACUGUUCCUCCUUCUCCUUGUCCAAGAUCCUCAAACGAAGGGUGGCGAUAUUUCUUGUUCACUAUGGGUGGGCUCAUGAUGUUCCUCUGGAGUCCAAAAUACCUCAUGGGACGAGGCAGAGAUGAACAGGCAGUCGAGGUCGUCCACAAAGUUGCAGCCUACAAUGGGACAACAAGCAACCUUACCCUCGAAGACCUCAGGAGGGCUGGAAAAGUGGCUGGCACCGCCGUCGACGAUGACGUUCAUAUGGAUACAUCUGCUUUGGCUGCCGUGCGGAGGAAGAUGGGGAUAUUUAGCAAUAACCAUGUUAAAUCGUUAUUCGCCACUCGAAAGAUGGCUUUGUCGACUACUAUUUUGAUCAUUAUUUGGGCUUUAAUCGGCCUCGCGUUUCCGCUGUACAACGGCUUCGUAACAUACUUCUUGGCCACCCGUGGGGCAAAUUUUGGCGACAGUUCCACAUAUAUCACGUAUCGCAACCAAGUCAUUCUAAGCGUGAUAGGCGUUCCUGGAGCAUUAAUGGCAGGUUACUUUGUCGAGCUUCCGUACCUCGGUAGACGAGGCACCUUGGCGAUAUUCACCGUAUUGACAGGUGUAUUCAUACUAGCAUCCACCACCGCACGCACAUCCAAUGCGCUCCUUGGCUGGAACUGUGCUUAUAGCUACACGAGCAACGUCAUGUAUGGCGUCUUAUAUGCCAUCUCACCCGAAUUGUUUCCUACCAAAGAUCGUGGAACUGGUAACGCGCUUGUGGCCACUGCAAACAGAAUAUUUGGCAUCAUGGCCCCGGUCAUUGCUUUGUACUCGAACCUCACGACAGCUGUGCCGAUCUGGAUUUCAGGAGCUAUCUUCAUCGUCUCUGGUUUUAUUGCUCUCUUGCUACCAUUCGAACCCCGUGGUCACGCAUCUUUGUAA